CAUUGGACAUCGCGCCAUAUGUGAGGAGUGAUUGCAACGUUAGAGAGCCUUGCAAUCAAUACGAUAUCUCGUUCAGACGAUCUAGACUCUAAACCUACAAUCUUGAGCCCUGGCUAUUUUCAUGCUUUGAUAAAGUGCAUCUCUUAUCUUUCUAAAGGGUAGUUCUAUGACUGUAGUCCUUGGCCAGUCAUACGCAUGAUGUCUAGGAACCAGAAGUUUGCUCUAGUGACUGGGUGUGGUGAAGGAGGGAUUGGUGAAGCUCUCGUAAAGGAAUACACCAGUCGUGGUGUCCAUGCCAUUGCCACUGUACUUCCUACCGAGAGUCAUGCCCACCUGACAGAAGCUGGCAUCACAUGGUUUCCAUUGGAUGUGACAGUCGAGAAAUCUGUCGUCGACCUCAAGAAAAAUAUUAUGGCUGUUGCAGGUGAACAGUUAGACAUUCUGGUGAACAAUGCGGGAAUAUGUUAUACUAUGACUGCCAUUGAUACAGACGUAGAGGCCGUGAAGAAAAUGUUCAACGUCAACGUGCUUGGUCCAAUGCAACUGGUGCAUCACUUCCACGACAUGAUAAUCAAAGCCCAUGGGACUAUCGUGAACAUUGGUUCAAUUGGAGGAGUCGUUCCAUAUAUGUAUGGGUCGUCUUAUAACGCCUCUAAAGCAGCUCUUCAGCAUUGGUCCAAUACACUGCGUUUGGAAAUGUCUCCUUUCAACGUGAAAGUUAUCACAGUCAUAUCGGGGGAAGUCAAUACAAACAUCCUCAGAAAUGAUGUCCAUAGAGAAUUGCCUCAAGGGUCGUAUUAUUCUCCUCUUGCGGAGGACUUUAAGAAACACGUGAAGAGAACACCAAAUGGAACUAGUAGGUUUGAAUACGCUGCGAAUGUCGUGGCUCAGAGUUUGAAAUCCUCGCCAAGUGCCUGGUUUUGGUACGGAAGCUCCACGGGCAUUAUACGCUUCUUCGAUACCUUUGGCUGGCGCACAUUCUUUGAUUCAUUUUUCUACCGAGAUUUUAACUUGGAGAAGCUUAAGAAAGCGCACGUCGCCAGUAUGAAUAAGAAUAUUUGAAUAGAAGGUUUCAUAGUCAUAAUGAGAACGCUAUUGAUAUUGGGCGAGCCUUCCAGCAUCUAAACAUUCUGC